UUAAAAUUGGUUACAUUUUAAUCGAUUUUAAAAAGUGUAUUCUUGUUGUUUUUUUAAAUUAGUUCACAAAGAACUGAUUUUGUAUAGUCUAUACAAAAUCGGUUUCAUUUAGAACUGAUUUUGUUUGCAUCAUACAAAAUAGGUUCUCAAUAAACCGAUUUUAAAUACCCUAUUGAAAUUUGUCCCUCUUUUUCUCGCCCAGGUUUAUCUCUCGAACAAAUCCAUUCUUUGUCUUCGUUGUAAAAUCCGUUCAUCUUCGUUGUAGCUAUUCAUCGCGAGUUCGUCAUCUCCCACAAGGAUGCAAGAGGGUUGAAGCCACUGGAUUCGUUUUCGUUCACCACGUCUUCAGUGUCGCUGUUCUCGACGGUGACAACCGUGGCCACCGGUUGCCGUCUGUGCCUGCCUUUGGUGCUUCUAGGGCUUUUUCUGCUACUGCAACUACUUCCGCGACUCCUGCGAGGGCAUCUUCUUUCAGUCUCGUCCACUGCUUCUUCUAAGUUCGAGACGCAAAGAUAAAUAUGGAUGAACAUCAAGACUCUCCUUUAGACUCUACACAGACUACAGCCAAGAAGAAAGUCAGAGGUUCCACUAGAAUGAAGAAUGUCACAUCCAAACGCCUUCAUGAGGAAAGAUUGCAUGUUGAUAUUGAUGAGAUAACUAUGAGACCUACGGGAGACUCAGCUGCCUAAUUUAUGAGUACCAUGGGGGUUCUUGCUAGAACCAAGAUUUCUAUUUUAUUGCCUAAUUGGGAUCAUGUAGAGGAGGUUGUCAAGAACCAUAUUUGGGCAGAUAUUACGGAAACUUGGGACAUUCCUAGGACAGAGGACAUGAGAAGGAAAACCCUCUCUAUUAUGGCUGAGAGGUGGAGGGCAUAUAAGACUAGGCUCACGAACAAUUACAUUUUUGGAAAAAAUAAAGGUGAAUUUCCUGGUCAUAAGAAGCCCACUAUAGAUCAAGAGACAUGGAACGCAUUUGUAGAGUCUGGAAUGACUAAAGAGUUUUUGAAAGAAGGCACAAGAGAUUCAGGCAAACAAUGACACCAUUGUUGUGAUGUCUCGUGGGGGUUAUCCAUGGCUUAAGAAAAAGUUGAUGAAAGAGAAGGCUAUGAAGCGUGAAGCUAGCCAAGAUGAGACUACAGUUAGUGGUCGUCCUUCUCCACCCACACGCCAUGAAUUAUGGAAGCAUGGUCGCAUAAAAAAAACGGGCGAGUUUACAACUAAGACAGCAAAAGAGAUUGCUAAUAAGAUAGAUAUAUUGGAACAACAGUCUACAGAGGGAUCUUUUAUUUCCCAUUGACGCCAGGAUAUACUCACAGUUGCAAUUGGGAAGCCUAAGCACCCAGGUCGGGUUCGGGCUGCUGGUGGAGGUCAUAAUAUACAAACCUACUUUGGAUCAAACUCAUCUUCAAAGACAUCUGGCAUGGUGGACUAGUUGGUGGAACUAAAGGUCUCUCAAGUUAUAGCAACUUAUGAGCAAAAAUUUAGUCAGAUGCAAGAGGAGAUUCAUAAGCGGCUACAAAAGAACAUGCAAAGGCAACUACAAGAGCAUAUGCAAUCACUGAGCCAACAAUUUCAACAAAGUUCUCCACUAUUAGAACCAUUUAUUGCGCGUGUGAGUACAAAGGGAUCAUGUGCAUCUAUUGAUCUCCUUGUUACUGCCACUGGCCCGAGUACAUCUAAUAAAUGUGAGUUGUUUGUGGAUGGAUCACUCGAUCCUGUGGGUAUAGGGCAGAUUCACAUAUUAGGGUCCACUAUACACCAUCAAGUCAUGGGAGAUGAUAUGGUUAGGGUUUCAGUGUUGGAUGUGAGACAACCAGAGGCUAGAGUUCCUGUGCCCACAGAGGAGGUUCAGACAAUGGGACAAGCCUUGAACACCUUCCUUCAGUGGCCUCAUAAGUUAGUAAAGGUGAUAUCUAUGAAGGAUAUUGUUACCUCACCAAAGGGUAAAGGGACAGUCAUUGUUACCCCUUCUAGAAAUCUUCCUCCAAUAAAGAGGCUAUGGAGAUUAGUUGCAGAUAUGGAGGAUGACGAGCAACCCAAACAACUCCCUUGGCCUCCUGAAGUGUUUAACAUGUCUAGUAAAGUACCUCUAUAUAUAAGUCAGAGUGAUAUAUCAGAGAUUACAAAUGGUCAUUAUAUGCUAAACAUAUCAAUUUUGCAGUUAUGGUUGAUAUUUAUCCAUAAAUUGAGCGUGGAUAAGGGAAAUGAUCACAUAUAUGGAUUUUUGGAACCAGAGUCAAUCCAAAAAAGUGGGAACAAGGUCGAAGAAAUACAAGCUUACAUUCAAAAUUGGAUGUCUGAGUCAAAUAAAAAAGUUUACUUGGCCCCUUAUUUUUCUGAUGCUCAUUGGCAACUUUUAGUUAUUUGUCCUAUGGACAACAUAGCUGUAUGCAUUUGCUCGUUGCAUAAACCUCCUCCUACGGAUUUUAGACAAUUAUUAGAUAGGGCCAUGGAAGGAUAUCAUAUACUUAAGGGUUCAAAGUUGAAGAAAAAAAUGAGUUAGGUCUCUACUAAAUCUCAUAAACAAAAAAGAAAUUAUGAGUGCGGAUAUUAUGUAAUGAAGACAAUACAUACUAUUAUCGAUUCACGAAUAGUAUCUGGGUGGACUGAAAUAUUUAUAGAUCGAUCACCAUUGCCAUUGGAAGACAUAAACACCAUUAGGGAACAAUGGACCACAUUUUUUAUUGACCAUUACUUUAACUAGUUUGGGCUUCUGUUUUAUAGUAUUGCUUUAACUAGUUAGAACUUACAUUUCAUUGAGCAAUGUGGUUAUUUAUG